ACAUUCCACCGGACAAACAUAGAGUGAAUGCUUCACAUGCUGACUAGCCCGAUUACUGGCUGAAACUGGAAAGCAAGGCGACCAAGUAUUUACAGCGUAGGGCAUUUUCCAAGGAUUGCUAGUUUUGCGUAGAAUCUUUUUCCGUCUCCUGUUUCUGUGUGGGUUUUUGAUGUCAAUAGCGAAGCUGUUUAUGUGGCCUCUGCAGGUGCAUGAUUGGAUCAAGUAAUUGAUUGAUGGCCACGAUUCAUGGGGGCAUUCGCGUCACGUAAUGAUUAGCAGGUUGGUGGAAACACACGGGGACCCCAAGGCGGGAAUGUCGGCCUUUGUGUUAGCCCAUGGCCCAGGCUCCAAGUAAGACACCUAUUGGCUCGACACAUGCAUACGUCUCCGUCUUCGAUAAGCCAGCCUCACCUCACCCCGAAACCAUCGCAUCCGCAACUGCCCUUUCGUGUCUUUCUGGGAACUCGCACACCCUCUCGCCGUCCCGAGAAUGCCCCAGUGACUUGAACAUGCCCAUUCCUGACCGUUCCGACCACCUGUCCUAUGCUGCUCCUCUAUUCACCGUCGCGCGCGGCUCACCAGUGCCAUGAACCCCACCAAUGGCUCUCCAUCCUUUAAGAGCAGUUCGUCUGCGGCAACCUCCACCCUCCGCCCGCGAACUCGCCGCUUGAUCUCUGUCGAAGAUGAACUGUAUCCUGUCUCUGCAAGCGAGCACACAUCCCCGGCCGCCUCCAGAUCGGCAUCGCCUGUCCCGAGCACCAAUCCGAACCGAUCCAAUAUCACCUCCGCACCGUCCUCCUCGUUCACUCGUUCCCCAAUCUUCGGAACACAGUCUUCCAAAUUCAAUCGCGACACCACAAACCCACUGUCUGGGCUAUGGGGUAAUUCAUGGUCCGCACUCCAAGGCUUAGCCACAAACGUGCUGGGAAGUGACGCGGGUGCGAGCGGGGAUGACACCACUUCAAGUCGGCGACGGAAGCCACUGUCGGCUACCCAUCGCCGCACAUCGAGCAGCGCCCCACCGAAACAUUGGGGUCCAGCAAUGUCGGCGAGCUCACAUGUUGGUGCCGGUACACAAGAAGAGAGGGAGAGUAUGGUUCGAGCUAUGAAGCGCAAGGACAUGCUGAUAGCCAACGAGCAUCUCGUGUCAGACUCGGUCGGCCGCAUCAAGCGGAGGAAUUCGGAUGAGCGACUGAGCUCUUCAGCACCACCUGGUGAUAACGACGACCGCGACGCGCUCAUCUACAUACACCACGUGAAACCACAGGAUACCUUGGCGGGCAUCACCAUCAAGUACGGAUGCCAACAGGCUGUGCUUCGAAAAGCCAACCGUAUGUGGCCCAACGACACCGUACAGUUUAAGAAAACCGUCGUCAUCCCCGUCGACGCUUGUGAAGUGAAGGGGCGUCCAGUGGCGGAUUUCAGCGCGCGAAGCGAUGACCUGUUAAUCGGGGAUUGGGGUGGAGACGCAGAUACAGCGGAGAGCAAGUCUCCCACUUUGCCGAAUAGCUGGACUUCUGGCAGUUCAAAAGAUCCGGACACCACUUCUGUCCUAUCCUCUUCCGUCUCUAAUAGUGAACCCGAAAAGCCCUGGAAACAUGAUUCUUGGGUCCUCCUCCCAAAAGCCAAAGAACCCACAGAGAUUGGCCGCAUGCCGCGUAGGGCACUGGGCUUCUUCCCUCCUGCCCGGCGAAAAUCUCUCACUUUUUCAGAUACCGCUUCUACACCUACAGCAUCUCUUGACCUGACCCGUUCUUCGACGAACACAUCCUCACAAUCGCAUUUCAAUUCACCUACACAAAACCUCAGAAGACCUCGUGCAUCUAGUAACCUAUCCAACGUUUCCUCAGCUCACGCUCGCCAGCGUAGUACGUCUGGUUUCCAGCUACACGGACCAGGAGGCGUAGGCACUAUGGGUAAAAACGUACGUAGUCCGGGCCCUGCACAGGAUGGCCUGAACAAGCUAUUUGCUCAACAUCUCCCCAAUGUGGAACCGCCACCAGGCCAGGAGUAUUUCACACCAUGGGCACCUGGGCUUUUGGAUGCGGAGUCGGGUGUUUCACACCAAUAUGGAGGUUCCGGCGCUCACACUCCGCUAGGUGGAGGAGAUAUCAACUUUCAAGAAAUCGGUGGUGCGAUAGAAGGUUGGAUGCGCAAAGUGGGUAGUCAGGCUUCCAAACUUUUGGCUGAACCCACGACCCCUGGACAAGGCAAAAGAUCUGCCGUACCGGUCAUUGGAGCUGUUGGAGGCGAUCUCGGAGAUCUCAUUGAGCUGAGAGACGAUGCCUUUGAAAUUGGGGAUGGCGAGGAAGACCGGGGAAGGAGGGGGAACGACGUGGCGAUACCGACCUCCAAACAGUAUCAGAGUGCUAGACCAGAUGUCAACCUUGUUCUGCGCCCAAGAGGCAAAGGUGGGGCUAGCAAGAAGGACUAG